AUUCAGCAAUUCAACGCUCCAGCCAUCAGUCACUGUCUGAAAGGCAAAAUGGUCCACAUGUAUGGAGACUCCACCAUCAGGCAGUGGUAUGAAUUCCUCGCAAAGCUACCAGAUCUCAGGAAGUUUGACCUGCAUAACCCAAUACAAGCUGGACCUUUCAUGGCCUUAAACUUUGCAAACAACAUUUUGUUGACAUACCGCUGCCAUGGUCCCCCUAUUCGUUUUUCCACAGUCCCAACCAGCAACUUUCCUUAUGUUGCCAAUGAAAUAGAUGGCUUAAAAGGAGGCACCGACACUGUCGUAGUUCUUAGCGUCUGGGCUCACUUUAACGCUUUUCCCAUGGAGGUCUACAUCCGGCGACUUAUGAGCAUCCGCAGGGCGGUGGUGCGGCUGCUGGAAAGGGCUCCGGGCACACUGGUCAUCAUCAGGACAGCAAACCCAAGAGAGCUGGAUUUUUAUCAGGCCCUAAACUUCAGCGACUGGUAUGCACUGCAGCGUUCUAAGGUGCUUAGAGCCAUAUUCAAAGGGCUGAAUGUUCAUCUGAUCAAUGCCUGGCAGAUGGUUGUCGCCCAUCACCUGCAGCACGAGCUCCACCCAAAACCUCCCAUUAUUAAGAACAUGAUCGACAUUCUCAUGUCCUACAUAUGUCCUCCAAAGGGUGGCUAG